CGCCGCGGCUCCAGCAAAAGUUUGCCCCGGACCGGCCGAGAGUGCCGGUGCCAGUCCCGGUUCCCGCCAGCACCGAGAUGCGCCCUGGAGCCGCCGCAAGCCCAGCCCCGACAGGGUCACCCACGCGCCAGGGCCCUCCCCGCCAGAGCAGAGGAGCUGCCGAGGGCUGGUAAGAAGCCAGGCACCCCACAGUGCUCCCCAUGUGGCUCGUGGCCCAGUGCAGGGAUGUCCCAGCUGCAUCUCUUCAGCAUCUUGCUGCUGCUGCUGCUCUGCUGCCAGAACAGCACGGCACAGCACUGCAUGCCAUGUACUGCAUGGCAUGGUGCAUGGCAUGUUGGCCUGCACUCACCCAUGGUGACCCUGCCUGGUGGCUCCAGGGUUCCUCUGCCCAGAUCACGGAUUCCCUCUACGAGAGCUGGAAGGCAUACAGUGAGGAGUGCAACCGCAACAUGAGCCGCCUGCCCAUGCCCACAGAGCUGGUCUGUAACCGCACCUUUGACAAGUUCUCCUGCUGGCCUGACACACUGCCCAAUAGCACCACCAGCGUCCCCUGCCCCUGGUACCUGCCCUGGUACCAGAAAGUGAAGCACAGAUUUGUCUUCAAAACCUGUGGGCCAGACGGGCAAUGGGUGACAGGCCCCCGGGGACAGUCCCUGCGUGAUGCCACACAGUGCAAACUUGACGCCGAGGACCUGGAGGCACAGGAAAAAUUUGCCAGGACCUACGGCAGCUUCAAGGUGAUGUACACCGUGGGCUACUCCGUGUCACUCUGUGCCCUGCUCCUCGCCCUGGCCCUGCUGCUGGGCUUCAGCAAGCUGCACUGCAUGAGGAACUACAUCCACAUGAACCUCUUCGCCUCCUUCAUCCUGAAGGGCGUCUCUGUGCUGGUCAUCGACGCCCUGCUCAAGACCCACUACAGUGACAAGAUUGACGACUACAAUGUGCACAUCUGGCUGAGCGAUGAGGCAGCCGCGGGUUGCCGGGCGGCCACAGUCUUCAUGCAGUAUGGCAUUGUGGCUAACUACUGCUGGCUGCUGGUGGAGGGCAUCUACCUGCACAACCUCCUGGUGGUGGCUGUCUUCUCUGAGAGGAGCUACUUCACCCUGUACCUGUGCAUCGGCUGGGGAGCUCCCGUGCUCUUCCUCAUCCCCUGGGUCGUUGUAAAAUUCCUCUAUGAAAACAUCCAGUGCUGGACCACCAACAACAACAUGGGCUUCUGGUGGAUCCUUCGCUUCCCAGUGUUCCUGGCCAUCCUGAUCAACUUCUUCAUCUUCAUCCGUAUCAUCCAGAUCCUCAUCUCCAAGCUCCGCGCUCAUCAGAUGCGCUACACCGACUACAAGUUCAGGCUGGCCAAGUCCACACUGACACUGAUCCCACUGCUGGGCAUCCACGAGGUGGUCUUCGCCUUCAUCACUGAUGAACAUGCCCAGGGCACUCUGCGCUAUGUCAAGCUCUUCUUUGACCUUUUCCUGAGCUCUUUUCAGGGGAUGCUGGUGGCCAUUCUCUACUGCUUCGUCAACAAGGAGGUGCAGGCAGAGCUGCUGAAGAGAUGGCAGCGCUGGAAGCUAGGGAAGGACUUGGCGGAAGAGUACAAGCACACCUACAGCCACGCACCCAGCGCCCGUAAUGGUGCUGGCAGCACCUGUGAGAAGCACCAGCUGGUGAGUGGCUGUGCCAAUGGGCUGGGGCGCAGCCCAACCACUGCACACCCUGGCACCCACUACCUCGAGAGGACCGGCCACAGCACCGCUGACCACCUCACCCUGGGGGACCAGCACCACUGCUAUGAGUUCCCUGAGACCACAGCUGAGAGCCACUUCUGAGCUCGUGGCCAGAGCAGGAGGCCUGUGCUGGCCGCACUGCUGCAGGCCGAGCUGGCUGGGGCAGCUGCUGCCUCCAUCCAGAGAUUCAUCCUGCUCUGAACUCUGUGGGACCAUGCCUGCCAUGCUGUGCCAGACAUGCACAGGACAACAGCCACAGCUGGGGCUGAGGCAUGGCGAGUGGGACUUGGACCUCUGUGUGGAGGGGACCUGUGGGGCGGGGGGAUCUGUGUGUGGGGGGGGUGUGUUCAUUCUGUGGUGCUGCCCUUGUGCGCCUUCAAGACCCUUCGCGCAGUGCUGUAAUUUAUCUGUUGUAACUGUAAAUAGGUGUGGGCCCAUGCCGGG